AUGAUCCCCAUCAAUGAUUCUAUGCCUGAAGAACAGCUUAUGGCAAUCAUGAUCUUGAAGGAGAGUUUUGAUGAGAAAGCCAGGCUGGAAGAAGUUAAGGCUCUGCGUGAUGAGAAUUUGCCAUGGUAUGCUGAUAUAGUGAACUUCAUGGUGUCCGGAGAAGUCCCUAGUAGCUUUGAUGCUUACAAGAGAAAGAAAUUCUUCAAGGAUGCUAGGCAUUACUAUUGGGAUGAGCCCUACCUGUACAAGAGAGGACCAGACAGCAUUUACAGAGAUGCAUUGCUGAAGAGGAUGUGCAAGGAGUUCUAG